AUGUCUUUGCCAACGAAUGUUGUGAUGGCUAGCCAACCAUCAUCAUCAUCACUCAACUCUACCACUCUAGACUUGGCCAACAACAACAACAACGAACAGGAUAAUCACCACCACCACCACCCUGUUUCUUCUCCCAUCUCCACUACUACUACGACCGCAUUAUUAUUGACUCAACAACCAUCAUCGUUAUCAUCGCACUUUGAAAAGAACAUGAUUGGCAGCGGGUCGAUGGAUGGCACCAUGAAUACAUCCACAACAACAACCACAACAACAACCACAACAACAACCACAACAACAACAGCAGUAGCAUCAUCAUCCGAAUUAUCAUCAUCAUCAUCACUCAACAACAACACCUCGGGUGGUACUGGUGGUGGUACUGGUGGUGGUGGUGUGAUGAAUGAUGAUGAAACACUUCAUAGUAGAAGUAGUGGUGGUGGUGGUGGUGAUAUUGACCUGGACCAGAACAACCAUCGAUUACCACCAGUACAGAACACCACCAACACCAUCAACACCACUGACAACAUCGAUGAAGGAUUUGUACAAAACACAAGCAGCAGCAACAACAACAACAUUCUCACCACCACAUUGACCACCACCACCACCACUCAUUCACUAUUACCACCAAUGAAUAAUCCUUUUCAUCUCAUUCAUGACCUCAAUGAAUUUCCAAUUAAUAACCGAUAUCACAAAGAUCUAAGACCUUUUCUAGAGCGUUAUGAAGAACAACCUCAUCGAGUGAGAUCCAUCGAUCAUGAAAAUGUGAACAUGAUAUUAGGUGAUUGGACUGUGUUAACGAUGGAUGAUUUCACACAAUCCAAUUAUCAUCAAGUCCAUCCACCACAUUUGUAUUUUCAUUAUGUAGAAUCAGUCAUGCAAUCACCCAAAUCCACCAAUAGUCAUCAUAGUACUGUGACAACAGCUACGAAUACUUCAUCCUCUAAGAAUCCCAAUAUGAUCAUGGUAAUGACUCAACCACCAUUCAUCACUUCACAACAAGAACAUUUAAUGAUGAUUGGAAAUCCACAUUUAAAACUUUAUCCACAACAACCACAACCACAGCCACCACAUUUUCAAGCAUCUCCUCUCUCUUCACACACCACCCAUUAUGGAGGAGCAUUGACGAUCACUUCUUCAUUGAAUAUUAAUAGUAGUAGUGGCAAUGGGAGUGGCAAUGGUGGUGUUAGUAAGAACAAUCCUAAUGAUACAACAACAACAACAACUGCACACAAAGACGACAACAACAACCAUGUUGCAUCAAAACAGUACCACCACCACCACAACAACAACACGACCACCUCCUCAGGAUCCGCAACAUCCUCUCAUCCUCAGCAUCUUCAUGGAACCACACAAAGAACACAACAUGUUCGAUCACCUCAUCAUCCUCCUCACUGCACUAUUGCAACUUGUCAUGCUCUCUCUUCCAAUGAAUUGACCUAUUCCGAAGAUGAUGAUGAUGAUUUGGAUGAAUUUGAAGAAGAGAGUGAUCUCUCAUCCAUCAAUGAUAACACUAAUACUGCAUCAGAUUCAACAACAGCAGCAACAUCAUCCAGUCCAUCAAAUGCUCUCACUAAAAAACAUAAUGGAAAUUUACUCGUGAAUGCAGUCAUUAAUCAUCAAAAACAACAAUCGAAAAACAAGAACAGUAUGGCAUCGUCAUCGAAUGGAUCGAUUGGAGGAGGAACCUCAACAAGUGGUGAUUAUUCCUUACAUCAAAUUCCAGCCAUGAAUUUAUCUGGAAUGGUCACAACACUCAAUCAUCCAUACAACAAUAACAACAACAACAACACGAUCAACAACAACAACAUCACCUCCUCCUCCUCCUCCUUUGGAUCGGAUCAUUUUAACACGACCAUUCAAAGAAUGCCAAGUAGUUCAAGUACUGCAAGUAGUGCGAGUAACCACACGACCAACAACAGUUACAGCACUCAUCACAUCGUUUCAACACCUAAAAGAAGUUCACCAAGAAAUAAUCAAGUCUUUCAGAGCAGUAAUAAUAAUACGAGUAGUAAUAGUAGUGGCUCAUCUUUCAUGAUGACUCAACCUUCUUCUUUGACUGUGAAUUACAACAAAUUUGAAAGAGACAUGAUGAUUCAAAAUGGAGAAUAUAACAGUUCGAUUGGAAUUCCUCGUGUUCAUCCCAUCAUGUCUACGAAUCAAAAUACCAUAAUGACAACGACCAGUACUGCUUCUUCUGUGAAUAAUAAUAAUUACAACCUCACUAAUACUCGUGCCACCAUCGAUGUCAUCACCAAUGAUUAUUUAUACAAUGACACAGAAGAUUCUCUCCUCAUGAUGAUGGAUCAUGGAAGUGAAAGUGAUGGUGGAUCUUCAAGUUCAAUCAUGAUGGUUAAUGAACACGUCACAGACAUUGAAAGUGAUGCCCUCUCUCCUCAUACUAAGAAUGUAUUUGAACAAAUGGGUAAAUCCACUGUGAUUCAACUUUCAGGAUCCUAUCAACAUCAAACCUUGUCAUUGUCUGAUUCCAAUUCUUUAAAGAGAGGAGGAGGAAUUGUAAAAAAGAGACUUUCAGGAGGAGAUACUUUUAAGAAGAAUCUUUCCUUCAAUUCGAGUGGUGGUCAAAGUUCUUCAAAUUUUCAAAUCGCAUCUCCUCCUCCUCAUCCAGAGAGAUCUACCAUUGCUUCUUUUGAAGAAACAUGUCGACAAAGUGUCUUUGGUAGAAUUGAUAGUGAUGAUGAAGAAUGUGAGGAUGAAUUUUAUGCAACAACCACCAAUUCAACAACAGAUGGCACAAGUCAAAAUUACAACAGAGAGGAUUAUGAACAGCAACGUACUUCAUUCAUUGCUUCGAGUCAUCAUUUCUUAGAUACGAGUCGUAGUGGUAGUGGUGUGAGUGGCAGUGGCAGUGGUGUGAGUCCAUACAUGACAAUCACAACGACAGUUUCAAAUGAAACCUCUUCAAACAAUCACACUGCAAGUAGUAAUAGUGAAAAGAAAUCUUCAAGUUCUGUUCGUGUGAGAAGUAUUGGACAACUCUCAGAGAUUCAAAACAAAAACAAACAACAAGUGAAUCGAUCAAGUUUCUUUGAUUUUAUUCGAAAGAAACCUAAAAAAACCAAUCAAGAGGAUGACAAUGUGAGUACGACGAGUAGUACUAAUCAUGGAGAACUCUCUGUUCCAAUGGAAGAGAAGAAAGAAAAGAUGGAUUUGAUUGCUGGUGAAUCUGUUUCACAAAUUCAUGAACAAUUGUAUGGAAAGAAAAAGACAAAGAAAGUUAGUAUUUUCACAAAACUCAAAGCAAAAGGCAUUCGUCCAAAAGAUUUGAAACGUAUUGAAGGAUUUCGAUCGACAGAAACCUCUAUCACACACUAUGAAUUGGAAGAUGUUCAUCGAGUCAUUUCAUAUUACAAUAAUACCUAUUUCUGGAAUGGAGGUGCUGAAAUUGAGAGAUGUAAUCGUACCAGAAAGGUUCCUCCUCUCUACAACAAUAUUAGCAAAUUGAUGUAUCUCAUCUUUGAAUUUGAGGAAUUUACAUUAUCCAAAUUUGGACUAUUGGAACCAUUCUUUUGUAAAGUUGCACUCUAUGAUGUGAGAAAUGAUACAAAAUUGACUGAAGAUUUUUGUUUCUUUAUUGAACCAAGUAAUAGUGGUAGCAAUAGUAGCAGCAGCAGCAGCAGCAAUAGCAACAUUGGCACUAGUAAUCGAUCUCAAAACAACCUCAACAACAGCAACUUUAACAACAAUUCCAUUGGAUACUCUUUUCACAAACUUGGUAAACUCACACAACGUCAUAUCAAAGCUGUGAACAAGAAACAAAACUUUGAGAAACCUUCUGCUAUGUUUGUCUUUGAAAAACCCAAUCACACAGAUGUGUAUAUCGCUUUCACAAUUGAAAAGAUUUAUUGUGGAUCCUAUAUUGAAGAUGCUUGGAAAGACUACAAGAGUGGAAAUGAAAAGGCCACUAAAAAGUACAUUUUCAUGAUGGAGGAAUUUUGGAAGGCCAGCAUGCUUCGUCAACCAUUUAUGGUAUUUGGUCAAAAACUCUUUUAUGAAGGAAAGAAUGAAAACACAAUAGAUCCUCACCAUUCUCAAUCUGUGUCAAUCGAAGUCUUGGAGGGACAAGUCAAGAUCAAUAAGGCCUAUCGCAUUCCCACUUAUUCCACCCAUCCCUUCGACACACUCACCUUCCUAAAAUGGUUGUCCGGAAGUUCCAAUCUCCCCAUUCAUGGAAGUAGUGCCGACUUUUCGACAUUCAAUAUGGAUGAUGAUAAGAAUCACAUGCCAGUCAAAUUCUUGUUCCAAACGAAUACUGCUACUCGAGAUAAGCUUGCAUCCUAUUUACAUGCCUUCUCCACACGUAAAUCAAAAACAUCUUCUCAAUCGCAUCAUGCCAGUCUUCGAUUAACAAGCACCGAUUUGAGUAUGUUCAUGCAAGAUGAUAAUGAAGGAUCCAAAGUCAUGGCUCGAUUGGACAAAUCCAAAGGAUCCUUCUCUGUGUUGGAUACUUUUUACAAAUUAUUCCCAGUCGUUGAACCUUUGGAGAGAAUUGUGGAUCAACAAACAAGUCCCAAUGGAUAUCAUUAUCAAAUUGAUUUCAAUUUAAGAAACACUCUAUACAUUUAUCCUGAUACAUGUGACUUGUCUUCACUUUCCAAAACUGGAACUGUUUAUGUGAAAGUAUCGUAUCGAAAGAAUGAUUCAGCAACGGCUACCAAAGAAUCACGUAUUGCAGAUAAUUUCAAUGCUGACAAUAUGUUUAAUUUUUAUUACACUUGUCUCACACACAAAAAGUUAACACCACAAUUUUACGAUGAAAUUCGACUUGAAAUUCCAUCCUCUGCAAAUAUUGUCGACAAAUCUCAUGUUCUUUUUGAAUUUUAUGAUAUUGAUCCAAUAAGAGGAUUAGGUGGUCGAGCUCCUCAAAAUAGUGACAUUGAUUUAUCACAAGAUGGAAUCACUAAUACUCAACUCAUUGGAUUUGCAUUUUUGAGAGAUGUCACAAAUCAUUGUGUUGUGAAAGAUGGUUAUCAUACUCUUUCAAUUUUCAAGAGUCAAAAACUUGUGGAUAAUUAUUUGAGUGUUUACACAGAGUUACCAAUUUCUCAAAGCUCUUACUUUACAAUCAGAACAAAGGCAAUGACUUGCUUUUACGCUCAAGAUCCCUAUGCAGCAUCCUUUUUAGAUCUUUGUGAUCGAUUCUACAAAAUCUUUGAUACCUUGCAACACCAAAAGGAACAUCCACACAUGACACGAACGAAUGAAUUCUUUUCAAAAGCUGAAGAAUUACUUCAUCAAGCAAGAUCUCAACUUGACAAUCUUCGAGAGGCCAAUUUUGCCGAGUUAUUGAAUCAUGCUCCCAAAGUCAUGAAUGGUCUUUUAACACUUAUUUGUAAAUUAUUUUUAUUGAAAUUACAAUCACCCAUGAAGGGAGGAUUGAGUGGAGGAGGAGGAGGAGGUGCUGUUGGUGGAACAACGAGUGGUUCAUUGCAUUUGACCACUCUACAGAAUGAAAACUAUGACAAUGAUCAACAAUUAUUAUUCAUUACACAAGCUCGUGUCAUUGUUCCUGAACUCAUUUCCAAAGCAGUCAUGUGUCUAUUGUUCUUUUUGAAUGGAAUUGAAACUGUGACCAAUCUUGUUGGAAGAUCUAAUUAUUACAUUUCAAUUUUCAUUUCAUAUUUUGCAAGACAACAUCCAGACAUUGAAAAACCUGUUUUUAAAAUUAUUUUGGAUGAAAUGAUGACUUUUAUUGAAAAUUGGCAAGAAACGAGAGCCAAUGAACAAUUGAAAAAGAAUCCAAAACCCAUCGAUGUGAAUGUCUUUUCACCAAAAAUUUCAGAUUUGAAUUUCAAACCAACUACUACAACCUCCACCAACACCACCAACAACUUCCCAAACAAUACUUUCCAAUUUUCAUCUCUCUCUGAAAGACCCAAUCCCAAACAAGCAGAAACUCUCAUUCGUGAUUAUAAAGAUUUCAUUCAGAGAGAACGAAAGAAAACCUCUUCCAACUUUAAAUCAAAGAAUAGUAGUAGUAGUAGUAGUGGUGGUGGUAUUGGUGGUAUUAGUGGUAUUGGUAUUGGUGGUACAAGUAGUAGUAGUAUUGGUAUUGGUGGUAUUAGUGGUAUUAGUGGUAUUGGUGGUAUUGGUGGUAGCGAUGAAUUCAGUUCAUUGAAUCAAAUCAUUUCAACUCAUAGUGAAUCGAAUCCUAUUCGAAAGAUGAGUGCUUUGGGUUUCACUGCUGUUGAUAUUAUGAAAUUUGGAUGGUUCUUCUUUGAUUUAAUGACCAAGAAUAUCAUUGUAUUGAACGAGAAUGAAUCAUUACAUAUUACUAGUGGUACGAGUAGUAGUAGUAGUAGUAGUAGUGGUGGUGGUGGUGAUAAUACUAGUGGUAAUACUAGUGCUGAUGCUGGUACUAGUGCUGGUACGAGUAGUGUUACUACUAGAUUUGUCGCUUCUCAAAAAUUUGAACCUGAAUCUCUUGUGAAACGAAUGAAAAGACUCAUUCGAUUGGUGGCUCCUCUUCAAUUGGAAUGUUUUGAAAAGAGAUUUAAAGAUGCAACUGUUUAUACUGCUGCCACUAAUUUUAAUGUGGAUUUGGCUCUCUUUUUGAAGGACAUGACUCACCUCAUGGAUUUCAAACAUGUCCGAGAGAUUAUUUUGGAAUAUUUCACAGUCUUUGAAGAGAGAUUGAACAAGGACACUGCCAUUUUCUACAUGUUGCAAUUUUUAGAGAUUUUUGUCGAACACGAUCACUUUUAUUUCCUCAUUCAGGAUUCAGAAAAUCAAUUCAUUGUUAAAAAACUCAUUGAUUGUGUCAUUUGUGGAUUGACUCAGAAAACUGAUGAAUUGAAAACCAUUUCACUCAAAGUUCUCAAAAAUAAUUUAACCAAAAUGGAUUUUGAUGAACGAUUGCAAUCCAAACAAGAUCGACAAUUUAUUGGAAGUUUAUAUUUUGAUUUUGUGAAACAAUUUAUUGAAAAGAAGCAAGAAAUCUCGGAAUGUUUGACAUUCACAGAUGAAUUAGGAGAUUUAUUUGCAUGUUUCUAUCACAUCAUUAAGAAUGUAGAUUCCACUCAACUCUGUGAAUACUUUUCAUCACUUGAACCUUUACAUAUUCUUUCAUUCGUUGAUAUUCUUCAAGUCACUGUCAUGCUCAUGAGUAUUCACAAUCAACCUGAAGUUCAACUUUGUUUUCAUGAAGUUUAUUUGGAACUCUUUGAAAAAACUAUUGUUCAAUUAUAUUUAAUUCCAAAGAGUCACAAGUAUAUGGAAAGAGCGAAUCAUAUUCUCAGUCAUUAUAAGGAAAAUUUAUUAAGUUUAUAUUUGAGUGGAGAAGAGGAUCAUUCAGAAGCCAAGGACUUGAUUGAACAAUUAAGUCGUGAUGUGCUGCGAAUGGAAAGGAUGGAAUUGAAAAAUGUUCAACAGGAUGAAUGUGGUAAUGUUACUUCUAAUGCUACUUCUACAAAUUCAACUUCUGCUACAAAUGCCACUUCGAAUGCCACUAAUGAGAUUUAUCUCUUUUAUGAAAUCUUUGACAAAUCUCUUCACUUUUUAUUGUCCAUUCUGUUACUCUCUCCCUAUUUAGAUUCAGAACAUAAGAGAGUUCUCUUUGAGAAUUAUUUACAUCCAUUCAUUCGUCAAUUCAAACCAUUCUUCUUUAUUAAUGAAUUUAUGAAAUCAAGGACAUCAGACUUGGAAAGUAAGAACACCACCAUCACCACCAUGAUGAUGAAUAAUCCUCAUCAUCAUCAUCACCACAAAUCCUCUCAUUAUUAUCGAUGGGUACCUUCCACAUUGAGUACCAAAUUAGGUCUCUUUAACAACAUGACUCCCAAUAACACCACAACAGUAGUACCACCAGGUGCAAGAUUUGGAACCAAUCAUGACAACAAGAGCAAUAGUGGUGGUAAUGUUGGUGUUGGUAAUGUUGGUGUUGGGUUUCAUUCACAUGAUCAUUCUCUCUUUUUAAAUCCUUCCGAAGAGAGAAAUCCAAAAUGGAAACCUCUAUUGGCAAGUAUACUCUCGUAUUGUUUCUUUCCAACUGCGAGUGAAACGCAUCACAUGGUUCGUGAAGUACUCUAUCACUUGUUAGAAGUCUAUCAAAUGGAAAAAAUUGAAUCCAUUGAUCGUUUAUUGUCACGACAAGAGCUUCACAUGCAAAAAUUAUUGACCUAUGGUGGAAUUCUACAUGCUGGUAAAGAAACACCUCACAUGUCCUUGGAAGCAUUGGAACAAUUGAAUUAUCUCAAAUUAGAAAAAUUAGUUGAAAAAUUAUUUGAGAAUGGAGCAGAUUACAAACCAUUGCCAUAUCCAGAAGUAUUCUUUUAUAGUUACUUGUUCUUUACAACUCCUAAUCAAUUGUUAAUGCUCAUUCGACAAUGUCUCUUUAAAUAUGCUCAAGAUCCACACAAUGAACACAAGAAUGCUCAAAUUCUAAACAUCACCUUGUCCAUCAAAUUAUGGAUUGAAAAGCACUUUUCGGAUAUGAAUCCUCCAUUUAUUUGUAGUUUGAUUGAAUUUUUAGAUAAUGAUUUAACAAUGGUCAUCAAACAAGUAGCAUUUGAAUGUUACUAUUUAUUGGAACAAGUGAAACACUCUCUGAUUCAUUGUUUACUUGGAAUCGAUAAACAAAUGUUGAAAGAAAAAGAAUCAAAAAAGCCAACUCCAAUCAUUCCAAGUGGAUUCUCCAAAAUGAAACUCAAUUUGAGAACAACAUCAGCACCAUCAAACUUUGAAUUUGCUCAAUGGAGCCCAACAGAAAUUGCUCGACAACUCUCUCUCAUUGAUUUUGAAUUUUUCAAACAAGUGGAUAAUAAGGAAUUGUGUGCACCAAGUGCACCACCAUCAAAAUCAGCUGCAUUUGAUUUGACAUCUUCAUCGACCAUUCAGAGACCACAUCUCACUCAAUUGAUUCAACGUAAUAAGGAUUGUGAAACAUGGGUCAUUUCAACCAUUUUGAGAGAAAAAGAUUUAACCAAGAGAACUGAACUUAUUUUCAAAUUCUGUCAAUUAUGUGAAGAGUUGUUGCAAUUGAAUAAUAUUUAUGGGUUGUUUGCAAUCUAUCGUGGAUUGAGUCAUCAUUCAAUUUUGAGAUUGGUGAAGAGUUGGUCCAAGGAAGCUAAAAAGAUUUAUCGUCACAUCCAUGACACAUACUUUGCAAGAAAUGAAAUUGCUAAGGAGAAUUUGUCGAAGAGAAUCAACACCUCCAAACAUCCAGUGAUCCCACCCAUUAACAAUUACUUGAAAUCAAUUAGAGAUUGCAAUUUAGAACCAACGUUCAGACAAUCCAAUGGUGCUACCCUGAUCAACUUUUCGAAAUGUUGCAAGUUGGUGGAAGUGUUGCAGAGUGUGAGAAAUUUCCAAGAAGUUGGUUACAACUUUGAACCCAUUCCCUAUCUCAUCAAAGCUUUAUGUGUGGAUUUUUUCGAUGAAGAGUUUUUGAUUGCUGACGAUGCUGAAGCAUUAGAAUUUUCAAAUAAUUUGGAAUCAGAUUAA